AUGUCGGACACCGACUCCCCCCUGUCCGAAGAUGACUACAUGGCCACCUACGACCGCCUACGAGCGUGUAACCCCCCCCCCCCCAACUUCUCCCCCUCUCCCCACAACCGCCUAAACUAACCCUCACCCGAAGUGGCUUCCUCAGAAGCAGAAUCCCGCCACGUCUCCUUCACCGGUGCGCACGAAGCAUACGCCUCCGGCGACCGUGCCCUUGCCCACGCCCUUUCGCAAAAGGGCAAGCGACAUGGCGAGAACAUGAAGGCCUACAACGAGCAGGCCAAGAACUUCAUCUUCUCCAUCAACAAUGCCGGCCUCUCCCGCGACACUAUGGACCUUCACGGCCUGUACGUUGAGGAGGCCAUGGACGUGCUGCGCGGCCGCAUGGCGGAUAUCAGGCGAGGUGGCUUGUGGGUUAUUGUGGGUAGGGGGAAUCACUCUGUGGGUGAGGCGAGAUUGAGGCCGGCGAUUGAGAGGCAUUGCGGUGCUAUUGGGGUGCAGGUUGAUCGAGGGAUUGAGGAGGGGAGGCUAUAUUUGCAUUAG